UAUGUGGGGGAAGGGGUUGUUGAAGUUGAUAGAGCCGCCAUCUUGAAAGUCCUCUCUAAUGGUCUCUUGUUUCCCGCCUGCUACAAUCUGCUGUAAACAGUUUAUUUUUCUUCUCAGUGCCACGUUUACAUCGUAUUUUAUGUUCACAACACCCGAGGCAAGAGGGUUCUCCAUCUACAUGUGGGGGAUUUGUGAUUUCCCGCAGUUUAUCGGUGUGCAUUGAUUGGUUCGUGGGAGCUGUGGUGUUUUCCUGCAUGUAUCCCUCACCAAAGGGUUUCUCCUGUCUUGGCUGUCAGUAAAGCCUGUAAUGGGCAAGAACCCUCAAAGAGCACAGGCAUUUUAUUUUUGAUUAGAUUUGUCUUCAGGUUACUGCCUCAACCAGCAGCACUAUGUUCUGGAAGUUUGACCUGCACACAACGUCCCACAUCGACACCCUGCUGGAGAAGGAGGAUGUGACCUUGACAGAGGUUAUGGAUGAAGAGGACGUCCUGCAGGAGUGCAAGGCCCAGAACCGCAAGCUGGUGGAGUUCCUGGUGCGGCCACAGUGCAUGGAGGACUUGGUCACCUUCAUAACCCGGGAGCCUGGCAACGACAUGGACGAGAAGCUCAAGUACAAGUACCCCAACAUAUCUUGUGAACUGCUCACCUCUGAUGUGGGCCAAGUGAAUGACAGACUGGGAGAUGAUGAAAGUUUGCUGAUGAAGCUCUACGGCUUCCUCCAGAAUGAGCCACCUCUUAAUCCCUUACUAGCCAGUUUCUUCAGCAAGGUGCUGAGUAUUCUUAUCAGCAGGAAGCCUGACCAGAUUGUGGAGUUUCUACGCAAGAGGGAAGACUUUGUGGAUCUAAUGAUUAAGCACAUAGGGACCUCUGCUAUCAUGGACCUGCUGCUCAGGAUGCUGACCUGCAUUGAGCCACAACAGCUCCGUCAGGACGUUUUAAAUUGGCUGAAUGAGGAGAAGGUCAUCCAGAGGCUUGUAGAUGUGGUACAGCCAUCUCAGGAUGAAGACAGGCACUCAAAUGCAUCGCAGUCACUGUGUGAAAUCAUCCGGCUCAGCCGAGACCAGAUGUUCCAAGUCCAGGGGGGUUCUGAGACUGACCCCUUGCUGGCCACACUGGAGAAACAGGAGACGGUGGAACAGUUGCUGUCUAACAUUUUUGACAAAGAGAAGAAUGACUCUGCAAUCGUCAGCGUCAUCCAGAUUCUGCUCACCCUAUUUGAAACCCGGAGACCCGCUUUUGAAGGCCAUCUAGAGAGCUGCCCCCCUGGAAUGAAUCACCCGUCGUUCUCCAUCAAUCUAAGUGUCCUAGAGGCUGUCAAGCCCAGGCUUAAAGACUUCCAUCAGCUGCUGCUGGAGCCCCCAAAAAAGAAUGUAAUGAAGACCACAUGGGGGGUGUUAGACCCCCCCGUGGGCAACACGCGUCUGAAUGUGGUGCGGCUGGUGGCGAGCCUCCUCCAGACCAACACCCAUAUCAUCAACAUGGAGCUCAUCGAUCUCAACACGGUCGGAGUCAUUCUCGAUAUGUACUUUAAAUAUAUAUGGAAUAAUUUCCUCCAUAUACAAGUAGAAAUCUGCACUGCGAUGAUCUUAGCUAUGCCCCCAGCCCUAAACAGCCACCCCCAAAUCAACCAAGACGGAGACCAAGAGCCCAUUAGGGAGAACCACCUAGUCAAGCAUCUGUUCCAGAAGUGCCAGCUGAUACAGAGAAUACUCGAUGCAUGGGCCUCCAAUGAGAAGGAACAAGCUGAGGGUGGCCAGCGAAGAGGGUACAUGGGCCACCUGACCAGGAUAGCCAAUUCCAUCGUGCACAACAGUGAUAAGGGGCCCAACAGCACACUGAUACAGCAGCUCAUAUCAGAGCUCCAGGAAGACGUUCGGGAAAGAUGGGAAACGUUCACAUCGGGUCCUCUAGCAGAUACAAACAAGAAGAACACUGUAGACUUAGUCAGCACCCACCACAUUCCGUCAUCUAGUGACGAUGAGGUUGAUUUUAAGGACAACGGGUUUCAUCAGGAUUCCACCCUGCAGCAAGCCUUUUCUGAUUAUCAGAUGCAACAAAUGACGUCCAAUUUUAUUGAGCAGUUCGGCUUCAAUGACGAGGAGUUUGCCGAUCAAGACGAUGUCGUGGAUAUUCCCUUUGAUAGAAUAUCAGACAUCAAUUUUUCCUUGAAUACAAAUGAAAGUGCAAAUAUAGCUCUAUUUGAAGCUUGCUGUAAGGAGAAGAUCCAGCAGUUUGAAGACACUGGUUCUGACGAGGAGGACAUCUGGGAUGAGAAAGAUGUGACCUUUGCCACUGAGGCUCAGCGCCGCCGUCCUCGAAGUUCCGGCAGCACCGACAGCGAGGAGAGCACAGAUUCGGAAGAGGAGGAUGCCAAGCAGGACCCCUUUGAAGCCAGCAACAGCAAUCCUGAUGACCGAAUGGAAAUCGAUUCCGGUGAAGCCCCCACCUGGACGGCUAACUUUGAUGACAUCCCCAUGGAGACGGCUAGUUCCUCAGCAACUGGGGCUUCUGGUACAGGGGCCACGGCAACAGGUGCCAUGUCCGAGCCCGAUGGGUGGAGCUCUGCCACGUCUUCAGGGAAGGAGACCGGCUGGGCAGACUUCUCCAACUGUCCCGCUGCUAUGAGCCCCAAACAUCCGUUGCGGAGCAACUCCCCUGUAGCCAUGGAAACCAGCACAGACACUGUCGACCCCCUUGGUGUCAAUGCACCUGUGCCCCCUGCAGGGAUGGGAGGAUGGCCUAGUGAUGACGCCUCCUCUGAAGCCGAGCCCUGUGGGGCCAGAAUGGCGGAGGGGCCCGAUUCGGAGGAGGAGCCUGUCGCCGAUCGCAUCACGGAGACGGUCACCAAUGGCUCCAUGAAAGAGACCGUCAGCCUUACUGUUGAUGCCAAAACCGAGACUGCUGUUUUCAAAAGUGAGGAAGAGAAGCUGUCUACCUCUGAAGACAUGUCUGCAAAGUUCUCCAUGGCGGAAGGUGCUGAUCCAGAGAGAAGCCUCCUUCCGUCAGGUCAGCCUGCCAGCAGCCAACAGAAACAGAGUGUGAAGCACUUAGAGAAAGCGAAAUCUCCGACCGAAGCUUUGAAUGGUCCUCUGGAGCAAGUGGCGGCCAUGGAUGAGGCCAAAACCGAACAGCGCAUGCCCACACCAGAGGCUAUGGUGAAUGGGCCGGCGUGACGCACAGCACCAGGUGGCCCGCUUCUGUCGCGCACAGCUCUCCUCCCGGGGGCCCUAGUAGGGGGCAGUGCAAGCUCAGAUCCAGAGCCAUCACUGCCCUAACCUCACCAGAUCAGGACCAGCAAUAUUCGUAAUAGGUUUUACAGACAGUUGUACAGAAAGUUCGAACUGUAUGAAGAGAAACCAACAAACAUACUAAUGGAUACCGAACUUUUUUUCCAUUUGUUUAUAUACUAUUGUUCUUAUGCGAUGUCUGAUAUCUUGCCACUCAAAGUUAAUAGUAAUGUUGCUAUCGUUAAAAUGAUUGUAUGAAUAAAGUAUUUUAUAAAGAAAAUGUAUACAGAAGCCGAAAAUAUAUAACUGAAAUAAACCAAUUGGAACACAUAGUGUGACCCAAAAAAGCUGUUUUUGAUACGGUUUCCUCCUGCACAAAAUCAUAAUUUCUUCAAAGUGAAAGCAACAGCUAAAAUGAAAUGUUAACCUACAGUUUAAGUUGGUCUUUUCUUAUUCAGCUGAUUAUUUGGGGGAACUUAAUUUUAAAUAUUCUACAAUAGGGUUUUUGCUACAGGCAUUAUUUGUAAAUGUUUCUUGUAUCAUCAAAACAUGAGCAAAGUUUGAAAA